AUGCGUCAACAAAGAUUCAAUGAAGCAACUUUUCAUGAAUUUGUGAGAUCCAACGUAGUAAUGUGCACAAAGACGACAUAUGGAGAUCUAAAUCGCUUGAAUGAUCCCGAUAACCAUCAGCUGUGGAACAUUGCUAAUAGAAUGACGGCUGAGAUAGCCAGGGCAAUUUCAACAAAGACGGCACGAUUUAUGGUAAACGUGUACGAAAGACGCAAGUUUCAUGUUGAGACUCCCCUACGAGGAGUUCAGCCUCUUCCGUUGCCUAGAUCACUUUAUGAUUGUGUUGAGGACGGAAUCUUGCACAUUGACAGAGCAGCCCGUCUAAUUUUGUCGAAGAUGCAUCGCCAAGAGUUUAGCGAAGCGGUCUACUACGUAAGAGUUUAUCAGAUCCAAUAUCGUUCUACGCGCUAA